GGUGCCCCAUGCCGCCCGGCGGGACGGGGCCAGCCCCGGGGGGACCCCUCGGUGACACCCCCCGGAGCCCCUGCCGCUGUCCCCCGGGCCGUGCCCGCAGGAGGAGCCGCGCUCUCCGCCCCGGGAGGAUCGCUGCGAGCCCCCGUGCAGGCAGGUGAUCCGUCUGCCUUUUCUGGUUACCCUGCUCCCCACCUCCCCCGCCUUUCUUCCCCCCGGCUGGACAACUCCCUCCUUUGGAGAACACGCCCAGGUAUCUGAAGAAGAGAGAAAGGGAGGAAAAAAAGGGAGAGAGAGAGAGAGAGAGAGAGAGAGGAAGAUAGUUGACAUUGAACCCGGGGGGAGCGCCCGGAGCCGCUGGCGCUCGGGAGGAUCCCGUAGCCCAUCCACUGCCAGCAAGGAGAGCGCGACGUGUGACAGGCACAGACACCGGCAGAGAGGGGAGCGGCGAGGCCGAGCGGAGCCCCCGGCCAUGGUGAGUGCCCGCGGGGGCUCACCGGAGGGCAGCGGCCGGGGGCUGCCCGGGGCCGCGCUGCCCUGACCGCGGGGGCUGCCCCGACCGCGGGGGCUGCCCCUCGGGCCCCCUGCCCUCACCCCCGGCGGCACCGUUUCACAUGUUGGGCUGAGACACGGCAAGCAAGGAAUAUGAACAGGAAAACAAGGCGCUGGAUCUUCCACAUCUUCCUGAGCCUGGGGAUUGUGUAUAUCAAGAUCGGGGGAUUUUCCUCGGUGGUGGCCCUGGGAGCCAGCAUCAUCUGUAACAAGAUCCCGGGCCUCGCCCCCCGGCAGCGGGCCAUCUGCCAGAGCAGGCCCGACGCUAUCAUCGUCAUCGGGGAAGGGUCCCAGAUGGGCAUCAACGAGUGCCAGUUCCAGUUCCGCAACGGGCGCUGGAACUGCUCUGCCCUGGGAGAGAGGACUGUCUUCGGGAAGGAGCUGAAAGUGGGUAGCAGGGAAGCAGCGUUCACCUACGCCAUCAUCGCCGCCGGCGUCGCGCACGCCAUCACGGCCGCCUGCACGCAGGGCAACCUGAGCGACUGUGGCUGUGACAAGGAAAAACAGGGACAGUACCACAAGGAGGAAGGGUGGAAGUGGGGAGGCUGCUCAGCUGACAUCAGAUACGGGAUAGGAUUCGCCAAAGUGUUUGUGGACGCGCGGGAGAUCAAGCAGAACGCACGGACGCUCAUGAACCUGCACAACAACGAGGCCGGGAGGAAGAUUCUGGAAGAAAACAUGAAGUUAGAGUGCAAGUGCCACGGGGUGUCGGGAUCCUGUACCACUAAAACAUGCUGGACAACCCUGCCUAAAUUCAGGGAGCUGGGCUACAUCCUCAAGGACAAAUACAACGAGGCCGUUCAGGUCGAGCCGGUGCGGGCGAGUCGCAACAAGCGCCCGACCUUCCUCAAAAUAAAGAAGCCCCUUUCCUACCGCAAACCCAUGGAUACAGACCUGGUGUACAUAGAGAAAUCUCCCAAUUAUUGUGAAGAAGACCCUGUCACGGGCAGCGUGGGGACGCAGGGGAGGAUGUGCAACAAGACAGCCCAGCAGUCCAACGGCUGCGACCUGAUGUGCUGUGGCCGCGGCUACAACACGCACCAGUACUCGCGGGUCUGGCAGUGCAACUGCAAGUUCCACUGGUGCUGCUACGUGAAAUGCAACACGUGCAGCGAGAGAACAGAGGUUUACACCUGUAAGUGACACCUCCCUGCCCACCAACACAUUUGCACAUGCACUCAACAUGCCUACAGACGGCUGUAGGGAAGACCUGCUCUCCCAGAGGACGCGCUGGCGAGUGGAGCCCUCUCUUUUCUCCUCAUGUUUCACUGCUCCCGUGGAUGCACGCUGCAGACUCUUGUGAAAGUCAGGCAAGAAGCAAAAAGAAACCAACCCCGCCCCGAGCCACCUGACACACAAUACAGAGAGAAAAGGAUCAUCUUGGUUAAUCUGCACCUCUAAAGCAAGAAGCAUUGACUGCCUAGUGAAGAGACACCAGCCAGAGAGACAUCUCUGAGCCUGGCAGCGAACUCUUGCUUUGCGAAAGAGAUGGUCAAGAACUUCAGUGUCUAAGGAGCAGGGAGGGGUAGGGGAGGAAAUUUCACCCAAGGGCUUUGCCAGGCUGGGAUGGACAGUGCCCCAGCACGAGUUGCCUGUGGGAGUGUGGGGAUGACACAGAUCUGGGCUCCUACACCUGUGAGAACCUUCUGCUGGUCUUGCCCAUCCUGCCACCGCUGGCUGCAGCGAGUCGAACUGCUGAUGUUUUCUGUGGACACUGCUUGAUCUGCCUGGUUUGUGUGUGUGCUGCAGAGCUGAGCACAGGGACUCGGGACACUUGGGCAUAAGAAUAGCAAUAUUUAACAAUUUAUUCAGAUAAAACUAAUAUUAAUUUAUUUAAUUAAAAAGAACUCUGACCGACAUUUUGGGAACUAUUCUGCAAUUAAAGUAGAUAGCUGGCUUUGUGGAAUAAUUUUGUAGAAACAGCAAGGGAAAACUGGAGCUGUAUAUAUUAUUCUUAACUAGGAUAUUUCUAUUAGUUGGACUUGCAGGAUAUGUUCUACAGUACUAGAUGUUUAAAUACAAAAGCUGGCAUCUUUAUAUAUAUAUAUAUGUACAUACACAAACACACACUGUUGGUUUUGUUUGGGGUUUUUUUUUUGUUGUUGUUGCUUUUUGGGGUUGUUUUUUUGUUUGUUUUUGUUUGUUUGUUUGUUGUUUUUGUGGUUUUUUUCCACCUGUUUGCUGCUAGUUGUCUGGAACAGAAGUCACAUGGUAGGGGUUACAAAUCUUUACCAGGUUGUUGGUUUUUUUUUCUUCUUCUUCCAUUAAAGACAGAAGCAUUAAUAAAAUCCUGUUUGGAAUAUGCCUAAAAAUAAGAAAAUCCAGACAAACUUCCAUCUUUUGGAAAAAUCAACCAUAGGAUAAGAGAGUAUAUUUUGUAAGAGACUAUUUUUAUAUAAAUAUUUUAUUUAUACUACGUCUGCUUGUUCAACCUGUACUUUUUCUCAAAACAGGCAUACAAUUUGUAAUUCUUAGGCUAUUUAACAGAGAAAGGCUAAUUAGUUUGUGGACACAGCAGCAGCAAGCUGGGUACAUUCAGCUGCCACUGGUGGAUGUGUCCGAAAGCAGAAUGAACUUUCUCUCCGGAUGUGUGUACAAACUGGCUCUUUUUUCUGCAGCUCCAUCUGCAGAAUAUGCAAAACAAGAGCAGGGUAUGUAGCAUCGAUUUUGUCACAUGGCUUGAAUUCAUGAUUGGUAUUAACUGGAUGCUCAUUUAUCCCAUUCAAGAAAAAGAAAAAAAUAAUAAUCCGAAUUAGCUUCCCACAUGCGUCAGUCAUUAAACUGUGGUGUUAUGACCAGCAAAUGUGCUGUGUGUGCUGUCAGUUAAACCUCUACAUUGUGCUACUGUCAACUUGGAUUUUAGUCAGUGGAAGCCUGUAGACUAUGACUGUAAAAACUAGCAUGACACACAUCGUCUGCUUCUCAUAGAUAGGACACAAAGCUUACUUUUUGUCCAGCUCUUUUUGGCAUUUACAUUCUUUCCCCCCAAAAGGCCAGAGAGCUCAAAAAUUCAGGAAAAAAACAACAUCUAGGCAAAUUUAAAGACUGUUUUUCAGAGACAGUUGUUUUUUCAGAGCCCAGCUAAGCCAUUUUGUGCUCCCUUUAUGGUAUUUCCUUUUUAUCACUGCUAAUUUCUUCAGAUAUUGGAGUGGUGAAUAAUAUUCUGUUUUUAGAAUCAUUCUGUUCCUCCUGUUUGACUCAUUUGUGACCGAGAAAAGAAAUAAUCAAAUUGUGUAUUGUUUUUCCUUGGGUAAAAACCAUGGCCCAGUGCUACUGAUGAUCCUGCGUGUUGUCUGGGAGAGAUCAGAUUAAUUCCUUCUUCCAGACUAGAGGAUCUCAUGCCCUUCACAAGGCUGAGAGGGGCAGCAGUGCAGGGACUGAGCCACCGUCCAGCCUGACUCCUGGAGGUGACAGCAACUGCUACAAGGAGAUGAUGAUCCAGAUACACCUUGUGCCCAUUGAUCUUUCUGAGGCAAAACCCCCACCUAAGACUGCAAAAACAGGGAAAGUGUUCCGAGAAGAAGUGAAGUUGUUCAUUUUUUCAGCUUGUGACAGUUUUUCAGCUUGCAAAGUUCGGCUGUAGCACCCAGGCCUUUCAGAACCUGCCUGAUUGUGGCCUGGUUGGUUUCUUUUUAACUCACUACUUGUACAGAUGUUAUUCAUGUAGGGACACAAGCCCGUGCAGUUCCUUGUCCUAGCCAUGUGAAAUCAGGAUGAAACACACCAUUUCUUUGCAGAGCUGCCACUUGACACAAAGUAGAAUUCUGAUGCCAUUCAGACACCAGCACGAGAUUGCAAAGCAAAAGGAUUAACUUACUUUACUCCCUACCUUAUGACUUGUUAAUAUAAAGCAAUAGAAAAGAAAUUCCUGGGGGGUAAUUCAGUCACUGCUUUUAGUUCUUCCAAAUUCCACAUGUCAAGAAUUGAUAAGACUUAAAAUGAAGUGGAAGUAUAUACAGCAUGGAUGUUAAUUACAACACUAUAAUAUGGUUAAAUAAUUCAGAGCUAGCAUUUAAUUUUGGAAUCUUUCUUCCUUCCCCCAGUUUGUAUUGUUUUUUUUACUUAGUGGCUACCAUAUCAUAGUCAAAAGUGUGUUUUCUUCACUGAUUAGAGUUAUUUUACAAACUAUUACUUCUGCAGCAUGUUUUGACCAUAGAAAAGUGAUCUGUAAAACUCCUGCUUCCUGUAUAUUUCAGUAUGCAGUGAUGUGCAAUGUACAGCUAGCAGAUUAAUUACUGAAGGACAAAUAUCAUUAAACAGUUUUACUCACAAUAAUAAAGAACUGGAUGCACAACUAAAUGAAUUUGGUGCAGAUUUUCCCUUUGGGUGACAAUAUUGCUGGUGAUCAGUGCAUUAACGAGAGAAAAUGUCGAUUUGGUUGACAACCGGACUAUCAGUUUGGGAACUAGGAACUAAAAAGCAAGGAAAAGCAAAUGCUGCAUUCAACUGGAAAGUAUUUGGAGAUUUGGCUGUGUCAUCUCAGAUAGGAGAAGUCUGGCCCAUCCGAUUCCACUGCGAGUCUGGAGUUAAUUGGUCAUUCUCUAAAUGGGCUUGAAUGGCAGGAAGAAUAAACAGGAGCAGGAGAAAAGAUUUACGAUUUGGUAGAUAUUCCUCCCCCCGACAACAGUUUGUUCUUUGUCCUCAGGGAUAGAAGAGCUCUGUUUUGACUUGGUGAGGAACCACACAAUGGCAGUGAAAUGCACACAACUGCAGAACAAUGCAGGGCUCAAAAGAAAAUACAUCUUUUCAUCUCCGCUAACCAAGGGAAGCGCUCGAUUGCUGCCCACGUUAAUAACCUGGCUGAGGCUUUUAAAGAAAACACACAUUCAAGGAGCAGGAAGAGUGAGAGAACAAGCAUAAUUGCAAGUUGGGAAGCUGAUAUUUCUGAAGUCUCACUUCCUUAUUUGACAGCAGAACAGGGUGGUUCAUGGGGAUGAAGCAGUUCUGCCCUGGGAUUCCUUGGCGAGUUUUAAGGAUGUUACCUCUUGGCCUGUUCAAAAGGACAAUGAACCUGAAGAUAAUUAGCUUGAAUACUCCAAGUACUAUAUGAAACAUGAAUCAGUGGAUGAUUAAGUUUUCUUUGCCAUGUAUGCACAAACCUAAUGGAGAUUUGUCUUUGAACAGUGCAAAUUAAACUGAAAAUGUCCUUAAAA